UAAAUAACACAACAAAUAUAAAGAAGAUAAAAUUGAGACAGUCAUUUAUCUCCACAUUCUGAAUACAGAAAAACACCUUCUUUUAAGAGACCACAGGACAUACACAAAAAAUGACCAAAGAAAAAUCCUCAAUAAAUCUCCAAAAAGAAACAGUAGAGAUGACAGCGAUUUCAAUGCACCGAAGCUAGAAAUUAAAGACACACUGGGAAAAUAAAUCACUUGGGCCAAAGAGUAAAUCAAAAUGGAAACCGUGUGAUAAAUGUUCUAAAACCCAGUCACUACCAGUGGCCCAGCUGAGACUGCUAGAAUCUAUCUCCCAAUCAAGCCAUGCGGCCACGAACUCGUUUAAGAGCCCAGACAAGUCUCCCUGAGCCUCGGUUUCCCCACCUGUCAAAUGGCGUCGCGGGGACCCAGAGUGCAGGUUUGAGGCGUGGGGGAGGGGCUGUGGGUUUGCGGGAGGCGCGGGAGCGUCAACUCCCUGGAAAGUUAGGAAGCGUGCGGGUGGGGAGAGACGGCGGCAGAGGGCGCUGCGUGGCCGGCGUGGGCCCGCGUCUGCCAUUGGUUGGGGCUGGGCCGCGGGGUUGGAGAGUUGGUGGAAAGUGACAAGUUAAGGGAGACUGAGAGCAAGAAAGCGAGCGCGCAGAGUCGGAGGAGCCGCCGCAGCCGCCACGGAGGGAACCCCGGGACGGCAGCCGCCGAGCGCAGAGUCCGAGGCGGGGAGACUCGCGCUCCGCUGGUGGGACACCGGCAGCCCGGGGCUGGCCGGAAGAGCCGGCCGAGGCGCGGCUGCAGCCGGAGGGCUGGGGAGGGAUCGCCUUUACUGGGUCCUCAAGCGGCCGGGCGGCGGAGAGGGAGCAGGUUAGAGGGACAAAGAACUUUGCAGACGCCCCCGGCAUCCUGCGGGGAGAGCGGCCGGGACCCUGGGCAGAGCCCGUGGAUGUUCUGCGCGCGGCCCGGGAUCCGCCGCCGCCCACGCCGCCGCUGCGAGGGGAGGAAUGCACCGGCCGCGCCGCCGCGGGGCGCGCCCGCCGCUCCUGGAACUGCUGGCCGCGCUGCUGCUGGCGGCGCGCGGGGCCGCUGCCCAAGAUUGUUCAUCUGGAGCCUCUAUGACACAGGCACCUCUGUCUGGCAAAUAGAGCUACCAUUCCAGUUGAAUAAGCUGUGGGAUUGCAGUGGUCUUCCUCAGAAGGCAGGGCCUUUGGAAAUCUCCUGUAAUGCUUCGAACAGCCUAUUCUUACCUGACCCUCGAUGAACCAAUGAAUAACAUCACCACGUCCCUGGGGCAGACAGCUGAACUGCACUGCAAAGUCUCUGGGAAUCCUCCUCCCACCAUCCGAUGGUUCAAAAAUGACGCACCUGUGGUCCAGGAGCCCCGGAGGAUUUCCUUUCGGGCAACCAACUAUGGUUCUCGGCUACGGAUUAGAAACCUCGAUACCACAGACACAGGCUACUUCCAGUGCGUGGCAACAAAUGGCAAGAAGGUGGUUUCCACCACUGGAGUCCUGUUUGUCAAGUUUGGCCCCCCUCCCACAGCAAGUCCUGGAUCUUCAGAUGAGUAUGAAGAGGAUGGAUUCUGUCAGCCAUACAGAGGCAUUGCAUGUGCAAGAUUCAUUGGCAACCGCACUGUCUAUAUGGAGUCUCUGCAUAUGCAAGGGGAAAUAGAAAAUCAGAUCACAGCUGCCUUCACCAUGAUUGGCACCUCCAGUCACUUAUCUGAUAAGUGUUCUCAGUUUGCCAUUCCGUCCCUGUGCCACUACGCCUUCCCAUACUGUGACGAAACCUCAUCCAUCCCAAAGCCUCGUGACUUGUGUCGCGAUGAAUGUGAAAUCCUGGAAAACGUCCUGUGUCAGACCGAGUACAUUUUUGCAAGAUCUAAUCCCAUGAUUCUGAUGAGGCUGAAACUGCCAAACUGUGAAGAUCUCCCCCAGCCAGAAAGCCCUGAAGCUGCAAACUGUAUCCGGAUUGGAAUUCCCAUGGCAGAUCCUAUAAAUAAAAAUCACAAAUGCUAUAACAGCACAGGUGUAGACUACCGGGGUACCGUCAGUGUGACCAAAUCGGGGCGCCAGUGCCAGCCGUGGAAUUCCCAGUACCCGCACACGCACACCUUCACCGGCCUCCGCUUCCCAGAGCUGAGCGGAGGACAUUCCUACUGCCGAAACCCGGGGAAUCAGAAGGAGGCUCCCUGGUGCUUCACCUUGGAUGAAAACUUUAAGUCUGACCUGUGUGACAUCCCAGCGUGUGAUUCAAAAGAUUCCAAGGAGAAGAAUAAAAUGGAAAUCUUGUACAUACUGGUGCCAAGCGUUGCUGUUCCUCUGGCUAUUGCUUUACUCUUCUUCUUCAUCUGUGUCUGCCGCAAUAACCAGAAAUCAUCGUCACCACCUGUCCAGAGGCAACCGAAACACGUCAGAGGUCAAAAUGUAGAGAUGUCAAUGCUGAACGCAUAUAAACCCAAGAGCAAGGCUAAAGAGCUGCCCCUUUCUGCUGUACGUUUUAUGGAAGAAUUGGGUGAGUGCACCUUUGGGAAGAUCUAUAAGGGCCAUCUCUAUCUCCCAGGCAUGGACCAUGCUCAGUUGGUAGCUAUAAAGACCUUGAAAGACUGUAACAACCCCCAGCAAUGGACAGAAUUUCAACAGGAAGCCUCCCUGAUGGCUGAACUACACCACCCCAACAUUGUCUGCCUUCUAGGUGCUGUCACUCAGGAGCAGCCUGUGUGUAUGCUUUUUGAGUAUAUGAAUCAGGGGGAUCUCCACGAGUUCCUCAUCAUGCGAUCCCCACAUUCUGAUGUUGGCUGUAGCAGUGAUGAAGAUGGAACUGUAAAGUCCAGCCUGGACCAUGGAGAUUUUCUGCACAUUGCGAUUCAGAUUGCAGCUGGCAUGGAAUACCUAUCUAGUCACUUCUUUGUCCAUAAGGACCUUGCAGCUCGCAAUAUUCUAAUCGGGGAGCAACUUCAUGUAAAGAUUUCAGACCUUGGGCUUUCCAGAGAAAUAUACUCUGCUGAUUACUACAGGGCACAGAGUAAGUCUCUGCUGCCUAUUCGCUGGAUGCCCCCUGAAGCCAUCAUGUAUGGCAAAUUCUCUUCUGAUUCAGAUAUCUGGUCCUUUGGGGUUGUCUUGUGGGAGAUUUUCAGUUUUGGGCUCCAGCCAUAUUAUGGAUUUAGCAACCAAGAAGUGAUUGAAAUGGUGAGAAAACGACAGCUGUUACCAUGCUCUGAAGACUGCCCGCCCCGAAUAUACAGCCUCAUGACAGAGUGCUGGAAUGAGAUUCCUUCCAGGAGACCAAGAUUUAAAGAUAUUCACGUCCGGCUGCGAUCCUGGGAGGGACUCUCAAGUCACACCAGCUCUACUACCCCUUCGGGAGGAAAUGCCACCACACAGACGACCUCCCUUAGUGCCAGCCCAGUGAGUAAUCUCAGUAACCCCAGAUACCCCAAUUACAUGUUCCCAAGCCAGGGUAUUACACCACAGGGCCAGAUUGCAGGUUUCAUUGGCCCACCAAUACCUCAGAACCAGCGAUUCAUUCCUAUCAAUGGAUAUCCAAUACCUCCUGGGUAUGCAGCAUUUCCAGCUGCCCACUAUCAACCAACAGGUCCUCCCAGAGUGAUUCAGCACUGUCCGCCUCCCAAGAGUCGGUCCCCGAGCAGCGCCAGUGGGUCAACUAGCACUGGUCAUGUGCCCAGCUUGCCCUCAUCAGGAUCCAAUCAGGAAGCAAAUAUUCCCUUACUACCACACAUGUCAAUUCCAAAUCAUCCCGGUGGAAUGGGUAUCACUGUUUUUGGCAACAAAUCUCAAAAACCCUACAAAAUUGACUCAAAGCAACCAUCUUUGCUAGGAGACUCCAGUAUUCAUGGACACACCGAAUCUAUGAUUUCUGCAGAACUGUUAAAUGCAUGACUUUUGUAAAUGUGGUAUACAGGAGAAACCAGAAAGCUGUAGAAAAGAUUUAUAUCCAAAUGAUUUUAUUAAAGUAAGGUUCUCAUUUAGCAGACAUUGCAACAAGUAUCUUCUGUGAAGUUAACUGUGUCCUACCAGCAGGGCAGAUGCCAGCCAGAGGAAAAAGCAUUGUGGGAUUAACACCCCUUCAGGGUAAUGACCUGCCAUUGGGACUGGCACAUGGGGUUUCAAGUAAUGAAAACUGAAAACCCAUGAAGAGGAAAAGAACCUUGCAAUUAAUACCAAGCCAAAAAGGAAAAGUCAGAUGGUGCUCUGUGUAUUCAUCUUCGGUCACCAUGACUGGUCUCUUCCCAAAAUGUAUAUACCACAGCAUUUGUCUACCUGCUGUCUUUUCUUCAGAACAGGUGUUCAGGAAUAAAGUUGGUUCAAUUUAGACUCCACGCAUGGAAAUGAUGCUCAGAAUCAGUGAGGAAACUUCAGGCCAAAUUUGAAAUCCCAGUUGGAAAUGAGCCAUAAGACAAGUGUAAGAUCCCCUGAAGCCUCCUACACAGCAGGGCUUCCUUGGGAAAAUACAGUGUGCCUCUCUGUGCUCUCCUCUGCUGAUCGUGACAGCCUUUUCCACAGCGUGUUCACACAAGCCCUUGAAAUGACAUACGGCAUCAGACCAUAAGAAGGCCAGAAGUGGUUUCUGGAAUUUAUUGGCUGAUAGUUCACUUCAUUGCUUUAGAAACGAGGCACCAAAGGAAGCACGGGAGAAUGGCCCCACAACCUAGAACAGCAUCCCUGGGAGAGGAACAAGUUUCCCAUGGGGUCAGCCUUACAGGACCUUCCCUGAACCAAUAACAUUGAAUAAAUGUGUGGCUGCAGACAAGCCUAUCGGUGCUUGCAACCUCCUGCCUAUGAGUUGUCCAAGGUAUAGGGGUGUUCACAAUCAGUGGGCUCUGGGGAAGCAGUAAACUCUAUGACACCAAUAUUUAGUUAAUUUAAAGUUUCUUUCUUUUUUUUUUUAUUUCUGAUCUGGAAAUGUUCACAGAUUUUAUUGCAGCACCAAGAGUUAUGACAAUUUAUUAUUAGAAUUAGUUGGACUCCAAAGACUAUGAAUUCUAUCUUACAAAAUAUUACAGCAUUUUUUAAAAAAACAAACAGUGAGUUCUCACUUCAAAGAUUACCAAGAGCUGAAUUUUCUAAGCUGGUAAAUAGAGGCAAAAUGAUCAUUUGUGUCUUGGAGGUAUCAAAUGUGCAUCUCAUGCCAUUUACCUGUAGCCAACUUCGGCCAUGUUCAGAAUUCUUAUGGGUUUCAAGUUUUAUGUAGAAAGGAAUGUUAUGUUUGAUUUGUAUGUUGUUAAAAAAAAACUCCUUUAAUCUAAAAACAAUGUCUGCAAGUCUCAUUUUUAAAAAAAUUUUACAGUUGAAAGAGACUUACCGAGAGACUUACAGAAUAUAAAGUAAUUCCUGGAAGUAAUAUUUGAUGAGGAAAAUGUAAGAGAAUUAAAAGAACACUGAUGUUUCAAUUACAUUAAAAAAAAAAUACAAUUAGGAUGAGAAAUCAAAGAAGUGUGUCUACCAAAAUGUGCUGGAAUUUUCCCAAACACUGAAUCUUCAGAUAAUAAAUAUGGACUCAUAGGUACUGUGAACUCAAAGAAUUGACUAUAUCCAGAUUUAUUAGGAAAUAAAUUAAGACAUAUUUUUAAGGCAUAAAUAAGCUGAUUCAGAAGUCACAUUUCUUAACAUUAGGUAGAGGAGAAUAUUUGUAUCCUUUUGUUGCUAUGCAACUGUUUAAUGGUGAAGAGUCAAACCACAAUUUUGUAUAUCAUAUGACAAUCAAUUGUUUUCCAAGAAUAUUUAUUAUUUUAAGUAAACACAAUUUCAGUGAAUCUGAGUUUUUCUAGAAGUCCCUUAAAGGGAAAUUUACCUUCCAUGAGCCAGUAAAAUACCUAUUUUGGAAAAACAUUACUAUGGUUAAAAAAUAAAUUCAAGUUAGUUUUUUAUAAAGAACUGUAACAUUUAUUUUAAACAUUUUAUAAUUACUGAAUUCAUUAAGGUGAACAAACUAAAUUUCAAAACCACUUGUAAUAAUGUAUUUUAUAAUAGCACUGUGAUACCACAUACACAGUCCCUUUUGUAUUAAAAUAGUAUUUUUUCACAAACUGAAAAAUAUCUUUUGCUUUGUUGACAUUUUGUAAGAUGACCUUAUUUUCAGAUCUUUUCUUUUUUUGCACAAAACAAUGUUUAUGGUUUGUAUCACAGAAGUGAAAAUAUAUCUGCAUUUUUAUAUCUGGUCUGUUUCCUUAUUUCCUUUAUUUGUUUUUUCUCAGUAUAGAUUUUCUUCAAAUAUAUAGUGGUAGUAUUCAGAUAUCUUGCCCUGCCAUAUCUUUUCUUAUUUUCAUUGCAUGCAUUUAAUCACUGUAUUACUUAAUGUUUGAUUUGUUAUUAUGGGCAUUUCACAUAGACAAGCAUGGAAUGUAAUGACAAAAAGGUUAUUUUAUAUUGAGGAUAUAUGCAUUUGUAUCUCACACACCAGAGAUUAUAUUAAACACUGAUUAUUUUAUGCUGCUGUUUAUUAAAAAAGUUUACUUAAAAUAUUAUUUCCUGAAUCAUGGAGGUAUUUGGGAAUUUUACUGUUUUUUCUCUAAUGACUGAUGUUUCAUAGGAAGAGAAAUCAUAAUUCCCCUUUACUACUAUUUCAUUGAAGUGAUUUUUUUUUUAAGUAGGUUUUUAAGAGACUUGGGCAUUCUUUUGCUAGUGGCCAUAGUGGAAAGGAGAAUUCCAGUGAUUUCAGGACCACAUAUUAUCCACCUAUAUAUGGCAAGAUUUUAAUUUUUAAAAUCAAAAUAAUAUACUGAAUAACUACUUUACAACCAAAUGGAACGUAAAACUGGUUUUAGAAGUUGCAUUCUUUUCUGCCUUGAUGUUUCUCUAUGAACUUAGACUUCAAAAAUCAUGUCUUAGAACUCUGAAGACAAAAAAGCUGUGUGCAUCUUAUCAUGUUCAACUUAGAUUCCAACCAUAUUGAUAAAAUAAAAGAAAUGUGGCCA